UGUGUUUAUUUAUUUAUUUUAACUAAUAAUUUUACUAUAAUAUGCAGCAAGCGGAAUAAACUAUAGUGGGCUAUUUUGAUCACUUUUAAUUUUGUCUAAAAUAUGAGGUGAUAACAUAACACAUCACAUGUUCAAAACAUAAAGUAAUCUAAAUAUGCUAUAUUCCCAGAUCCCAAAUAUUACUGAAUAUGUAUAGUUUAAAAUGAAACAUCAGUUUGGUUGUACUGCUUUGUGCUCAAGAGGACCCAGAGACCGCCACCUCUUGUCUAUUAAUGUUUACUCCCUCUGGUGGUGGAAAUAGUCAAUUACAACUUUCUUCUCAGAAUUCGAAGUCUAAUAUUCCAAAAUUCCAAUAUUAUUAUUCAGUUGUCACUGCAUCACUGAGAGUCAGAUUUAUUAGGAACAUUUUUACUCACAAAGACUUAUCCUUAUUAUGUCAGCAAGCUAAAUUCAUUACAGUUUUAUUUUUACAAUUCACACUGACAGUAACAGGUAGAUAGUGGGCUUCAGCACAGGGUGAGAGGUGUGACCGCUCUAUGAUGUCACACUAGAUAUCAGUGAAAAAGCAGAGUUGGGUUAGGACGGGGGUCAAACCAGAGAGAGUUUGAAAUGGACACAGACAAAUCUCAGCAACAGUUCUCUGAAAAUUACUCUGAGGUCACCGUUAGCUCAAGUGCAGAUGUUCAUAAUCGCCCAAGAAAAGAAUCUGGGACAUCUGAGAGCGUCCGGGGUGAGGGAGGACGAGUGAGACCGUACCCCUCACCAUCCCGCAGGAGACACCGAACUACCUUCAGCAAUGAGCAGCUGGAACAGCUGGAGCUAGCUUUCAGACAGAACCACUAUCCUGAUAUCUACUACAGAGAGGAGCUCGCCAGAGCCACCAAACUCAACGAGGCUCGCAUACAGGUGUGGUUUCAGAACCGGCGUGCCAAGCAGCGCAAGCAGGAGCGUGUCCCUCAGAAAGCGCUGCCGGUGAGCAUGAUGCCCGGACGAGGGCCUCUCUUCAGCAGCAUGUGCGUGUCUCCCUCCGCCUUGAGCCGGCAGUACCAGUGCCCUCAUUCACUGCCGCAUCUGCCCCGAUUCUCAUCAGUGCUGCCCCCUGGAGGAUACCCGCCCCAGCCGUCAACACACGCCUCCAGACAGCCUGAAGACUGGUACAGUCAACUGCGCAACAUCGGACCGGCCACCACCACAGUGCUCUCUGUGUCCACACUGGAAACCGCUAGUCACUGGAACUAGAGCAAGUGCUGUUCUACCACCGGUUUAUACACCAGAAUGAAUAAAUCUUUUUAGUGACAAAGAAA